GGAGGAGCAUCUUCGCCCUCUGACGUCAUGACAGCAGCAUCAGCUGUUAGCUCUGCUCUAAGCCUUUUCGCUGCCGAUCGCUUCCUGCUCAAAGGAAAUAUAUGAGAUCCCCUCCAACCCCUGAAAUGGCGACACAGGAGGUACCGCUGAACGAGACUCUGGCUCACCUCAAAACGGAGUCGGAGACGCUGAAGUCGAAGCUGGAGGAGGAAAGAGCGAAGCUGCACGAUGUCGAGCUACAUCAGGUGGCAGAGAAGGUGGAGGGGCUUGGCCAGUUUGUCAUGAAGACCCGGAGGACCCUGAAGGGGCACGGGAAUAAAGUUCUGUGCAUGGACUGGUGCAAGGACAAGAGGAGGAUCGUCAGCUCCUCACAGGAUGGAAAAGUUAUUGUGUGGGACGCUUUCACCACCAACAAGGAACAUGCUGUGACAAUGCCUUGCACCUGGGUGAUGGCCUGUGCCUAUGCCCCCUCUGGCUGCGCUGUAGCUUGUGGAGGCCUGGACAAUAAAUGCUCAGUUUAUCCUCUGUCUUUGGACAAGAAUGAGAACUUAGCUGCAAAGAAGAAGUCAGUGGCCAUGCACACAAACUACCUGUCUGCUUGUAGCUUCACCAACUCGGAUAUGCAGAUCCUGACGUCCAGCGGGGAUGGAACAUGUGCAUUAUGGGAUGUUGAGAGUGGGCAGCUGUUACAGAGUUUCCAUGGACACGCUGCAGACGUGUUGUGUCUGGAUCUGGCCCCAUCUGAAACCGGAAACACGUUUGUUUCGGGGGGCUGUGAUAAGAAGGCCAAUGUCUGGGAUAUGCGUUCAGGGCAGUGUAUUCAGUCCUUUGAAACUCACGAGUCAGACAUAAAUAGCGUACGAUACUAUCCCAGCGGAGACGCUUUUGCAUCUGGAUCGGAUGACGCUACAUGCCGCCUGUAUGACCUAAGGGCAGACAGGGAAGUGGCUAUCUAUUCCAAAGACAGCAUCAUAUUUGGCGUCUCCAGUGUUGAUUUCUCGCUCAGUGGCCGGCUACUGUUUGGUGGCUACAACGACUACACCAUUAAUGUUUGGGAUGUUCUCAAAGGAACACGGGUCUCUAUUCUGUUUGGACACGAGAACCGUGUCAGCACCCUGCGGGUUUCCCCUGAUGGGACAGCCUUCUGCACAGGUUCCUGGGACCACACUCUUCGGAUCUGGGCCUAAGCAUCAAGACAAAAACGAUUAAAUAGUAGACAGACCUACUGAAGACACACUGAUGUUUCUGUUUGCUAGAGUACAAUCACAGAGAUAGAGACUCAGUUUUGAUUGUACAUAGGGCACAUCAAUAGCAUUGUAUAUACUCCAGUGUUUUGGCCAGGGUAGAUUUACAUAUUUUAAAGAGUAAUAAACCAAAUGGCUAGCUCGCAUUACAAUGUGAUGGGAAGAAAAGGUGCACAGAAGUUCUUACGAUUACAACUAUGAAGUUUAAAACAAGUAUAUUACUGAAAAUAUUAUUGGUAGUGGCUUGCAUCAGUCUAGGAUAGAAGUGACACAAUAAUGUGAUGUGUUAAUUAGCCCACAUGGAGGAAAAUACAUGUUUACUUAUUGUUAUUAUUUUUUAUUAAACAAAUGAGGACAUUCAUUCAGAGGAGACAUCAAAGAGCAGGGGGGCUUUUCUGUGAAUGGCAAAAGUAAUGAGAAAUAAUAAUGAGAUUUAUGGAGAAAGGUACAAAUUAAUAUUUUAUUUUGGAAAUUAUAUUAAAUGUACAUCUAACAAACAACGUGUGCACCCAACAGCUGCUUCUCACCUGCCAAUAUAAUACUGUAUCAAUAUCAAUGCAAAGAAAGCACAUUAAUAGGUAAACAUGAGAUGAAUGAUUUUUUUUCAUACCUGUAAUUUAAAAUAUGGUUUACUACAUCUUUUUGCGUUUCCAGAUGUGGAAGCCACUCACUACUCGAUGUGCACUAGAGACACCCUGAACUUGUGCUACCCCACUGUUGAAAUACUAAUAAGUUAAAAAAAAUAAAUUAAAAAAUAUAUAUACAUAUAAUUGAAUGUACUCCUUUUCAUGCAGUUGUCCAAUGGUUGUAAUUUCAUAUUUAGAGUAAUUAUUGUAGUUUAGUGUACAGAUAUGCAGGGGACUGUUAAUCAAACUAUUACAAACAUAAUAAAAUCAGUUUUGAAUAUCGC